GCCGACAAAAGCCGUGGGAGCGGCGGGUGCGCGGCGCUGCUCCUCCCGACCCGCCCGGCCAGUUCUGCCGCCCGCUGCCUCCGCCAGACAUGACACAGGACUACGACAAUAAAAGACCCGUGUUGGUUCUUCAGAAUGAUUCUCUCUACUCUCAGAGACGUCCUUACACCAAUGAAGAUGAGGCCUGGAAAACCUUUCUUGAAAAUCCCCUUACAGCAGCUACCAAAGCUAUGAUGAGCAUCAAUGGGGAUGAAGACAGCGCGGCUGCCCUGGGACUGCUGUAUGAUUACUACAAGGUUCCAAGGGAGAGGAGAUCUUCAACAGCUAAACCAGAGGUAGAACAUCCAGAACAAGAUCAUAGCAAAAGGAACAGCAUCCCAAAUGUGACAGAACAAUCGCUCAUUUCUGCUGGAGAAAACAGAGUCCAGGUUCUGAAAAAUGUGCCUUUCAAUAUUGUCCUUCCACACACGCCCCAGAUGGGCAUGGACAAGCGAGGCCACCUCACAACCCCUGACACAACAGUCACCGUUUCGAUUGCCACGAUGCCCACCCAUUCCAUCAAAACGGAGACGCAGCCCCACGGCUUUGCCGUGGGCAUCCCACCGAGUGUCUACCACCCCGAGCCCCCUGAGCGAGUGGUGGUCUUUGACAGGAACCUCAAUCCUGACCAGUUCAGUUCCAACACCCAGCCCCAAAACUCCCAGAGGCGCACACCAGACUCCACCUUCUCGGAGACUUUCAAGGAGGGCGUGCAAGAGGUUUUCUUUCCUACCGAACUGAAUCUGCGAAUGGCCAACAUGAAUUCAGAAGAUUAUGUUUUUGACAGCAUUUCUGGGAAUAACUUCGAAUACACUCUGGAAGCUUCCAAGUCCCUCCGACAGAAGCCUGGGGACAGCACAAUGACCUACUUGAACAAAGGUCAAUUUUACCCCAUCACGCUGAAAGAAGUCAGCAGCAGUGAAGGAAUCCAUCACCCCAUCAGUAAAGUCCGAAGUGUCAUUAUGGUCGUGUUUGCUGAAGACAAAACAAGGGAAGAUCAGCUCAGGCACUGGAAAUACUGGCACUCAAGACAGCACACGGCCAAACAAAGAUGCAUUGACAUAGCUGACUACAAGGAGAGCUUUAACACCAUCAGUAACAUCGAGGAGAUUGCUUACAAUGCCAUAUCCUUCACUUGGGACAUCAACGAGGAAGCGAAGGUUUUCAUUUCUGUGAACUGCCUCAGCACAGAUUUCUCCUCUCAGAAGGGAGUUAAAGGCCUGCCCCUGAAUCUUCAGAUUGACACCUACAGCUACAAUAACAGGAGUAACAAACCUGUCCACAGAGCCUACUGUCAAAUUAAAGUCUUCUGCGACAAGGGAGCAGAGAGGAAGAUCAGGGAUGAAGAGCGAAAGCAAAGCAAAAGAAAAGGCAAGUGCACUGACCCCAGCUCUCAGUUGAAUGCCUUUUCUGAUGUCAAAGUGCCCAUGCUUCCCUCACACAAACGUACAGACAUCACCAUCUUCAAGCCCUUCAUGGAUCUGGACACUCAGCCUGUCCUUUUCAUUCCUGACGUUCACUUUGCAAACCUCCAGCGUGGAGCUCACGUCCUUCCUGUUGCUUCAGAAGAACUAGAGGGUGAAAGCUCCAACCUGAAGAGAGGAGCUUAUAUUGGUGAAGAGGACUUCAUCGCUACUCCAAAUAAGAUGGCCAGAAUAGAAGAACCAAAAAGAGUGUUGCUGUAUGUGCGAAAAGAGUCAGAGGAAGUCUUUGAUGCACUGAUGUUAAAGACACCAUCUCUGAAAGGCUUAAUGGAAGCGAUAUCUGACAAGUAUGACGUUCCUUUUGAUAAAAUAGGAAAAAUCUUCAAAAAGUGUAAAAAAGGAAUUCUGGUCAACAUGGAUGAUAACAUUGUGAAACACUAUUCUAAUGAAGAUACCUUCCAGUUGCAGAUUGAAGAAGUUGGAGGAUCUUAUAAGCUCACUCUGACUGAGAUCUAAGAUCACAGAUCCUCUGUGGAUUCUAAACAAAGGUCUCAAGUGAACAUUUUCCCAUAAUUCAGUACAUUGGGCAAAACACUAAUGAUCUUCUCCAGAAGAAAGCCAUGUGUUGACUUGUUCUGGGGAGCAGAGCAGUGGUUUUGCUUAAUACAUUUGUGUUUCUGUUCUUGUUCAUGACCUUAUUUGCACUUGAAAUGAGCGAGCAAAGAUCUGCAAUUAAAUGGAGAGCAUGUAUAUAUUUAUACUAGUGUAUAAAACACUAGUAAAUACAGGAGGGUAACACUCCUGGAAGGUGGCCUUUUAGACUGGUGAUAUCUUAUUUAUCUAUUCCGUAACCAUGUUUGAGCCCAUUAUCAGCUAAUACCAUUUUACUGGACUGUUUUCUGCUAGGUAGAGCUGCACAACUACUAAUUGGAGUUGCAUGCAGGUUGGACAAAAGUCUUUAUAAUGUUUACUUGUGACCAGGGCAGACUGUUGAAAUCAUUUGUGUCACUUGGGGGGAACAUAAAACUGCCUUGCUUAUGAAGAA